ACCGACAAAGGCGACGUAGUGAGCGAAGUGAGGAGAGGGCUGAACGGCAACGAGGUGAUGCAGAACGCCACAGUCGAAGGCGAGCUGAGGAAGGCAAUGAAGAACGGGCUGAACGACAACGAGAUGACGCGGAGCGCCAAAGUCGAAGACGAGCAGAAGAAACCGAUGAAGAGCGCGCUGAACGCCAACGAGAUGAAGCAGAGCGCCAAAUUCGAAGACGAGCUGAGGAAAGCAGUGAAGAACGGGCUGAACGACAACGAGAUGACGCGGAGCGCCAAGGUCGAAGACGAACAGAAGAAACCGACGAAGAGCGCGCUGAACGGCAACGGAAUGAAGCAGAGCGCCAGCGAGUGAGACGUAUAGAUGAGAGCUCUGACGGAUAG